AUGGCUAACGUAAUAUUUGUAAAGGCUGCCGUACAAACAGAUGAGUUAAGAAAAUCAUAUAAAGCAGUGGACAGAGCUGGCCUCCCCUGUCAGAUGGUGUCAACAGAGGAUAUCAUAUCUAAGACUGAAAAGGACAGUUUUCUUUAUGCAUGUGAUCCAUUCGAAGGAGAAGCAUUUGAACAUCUUGUUAAACUGGGAUGCCGUAUUGUUGGACCACUAUGUAUUCUACACUGUAUGAAACGAAGCGAACCGAUUCCAAAGACGGAUUCACCGGUCUAUAACAUCACUAUGAAAGACUGUAUAGUCAGUUGUUCUAGUAUUGCUAAGGCUCGUAGGACUGAAAUUCAUAAAUUGGUACAGUGGAUGGGAGGUGUUAUUUCCAAGAAUUUCACAGACAAUGUCACUCACUUAGUGGCAGCUGAAGUAGGAUCGAAGAAAUACCAU